CAAAAUAAUUUUUUUUUUGUUUUUCCUUUCAUACUUGAGCAACUAUAAAAAUUCACUCCCUUUAAGACAAAAUUCAUAUUCGGUUAAAUUGAAAUGCUAAUGGAGGAGAGCACGAUCCCAAACAUUCCCAACGAGGUCAUCAACUACGUUGAGGAGCAGCACGCCCGGCACCGCGAGUUGACCAAGCAGAAGAAGAGCCUGAAGAAGUGCAUCAAAAAGGUGCAGGGCAUGCUGAAAAUGAUCGAAGGUCGCAAUGAUGGACUACCGUGCACAAUUGCCGCCGGCAACCUCUAUCAGCAGUGCACCGUAGAAGAAUUGAGGCUAAAUCUAACCGCCAAGCUAAUGAUCUACGUGGGUAAGUUCGUCAAGGUCCACCGGAAGCUACUGGGCAUACAUUGGGAUCUCAGCCAGGAUUACGAGACGAUCUGCCAGAACGCAAACAGCAUAGAUCUAGUCAACUGAAUGAUAUGCUAUAAACAUCUUGUUAUACUCACAGAUUGCAUUUCGGAAAUAGCUGCAAGCAAAAGGCAUACAGUGGAUACGGAUACGGAUACCUACCAUUUAAUUUGUAGAUACAAAUAUGUUAAAUCACAAUUAUUUAAUAAUCAACAUUUUACACUCCUCCAAAA